AUGGCAUUGCAGACAAGCGGAGGAAAUGAUCAGAGGGGUUCCGUAAAGCUGGACAUGGAAAGCCAGCUUGAGCAAAAAACUGCAUAUAUACACCAUUACAGACAUGCGUGGGAAGAAAACAGAAGUGGAGAAGAAUUGUUGCCUCAUAUGCUUCGGAAGCUUGACCAAAGUAAACAGUUUUUCCACCAGAAAGAUCUCGACAGCAAUGCUAACACGUCUUUUUUCUCCACCACUCACACCGCGCAAGUGCCAAUUCCCGAUGACUGUGUCCGCACAAUCUUGAAGUCCCAUCUCGAUGAUUGUGCUCUCGACCAGUGCCCGUUUGUCUGCCCAUGGCAUUCUAUCCGGAAGCCUCAGCCGGGCAGAGUAUGA